GCCCAAGCGAAGCGACAGGAUGCUCAGUAGCGCGCUCGAGUGGACGCUCCACCGCAUCGCCUAUGAGGUGAACGUCGUCAACGGCAUCAGCGCCUGCAUGACGUACGUGCAGUCUAGAGCCACACUGAACUACAACUUGGAAGGGAGACGUGCCAGGCUUUCAGGAAAGCCGGACUUCACUGUGAUCUCCCGCAGACGCAACCGUCGCCCCCGGGUACAACUCGUGGUCCUGGAGAGGGACAAACCAAUGACUUCGAACCCGGACACGGAGCUCCUAGCUUACCUGCGCAUGGCUGUCCAAGGCCGGCGAGACGCGAGCGAGCUGGAGCCUGUCGUCUACGGCCUGGCCACCGACGGGAACACAAUGGCCUUUUACCGAUUGGAAAAAACGGAGAAGUACCAAUGCACAACCAGACCCUACAAGGGCGCAGGGUUCGGUCGCGAUAUCAUCACGAUUAUCUGGAAGAUCUUCAUCGAAGCCCGACACGUGGUGCCACACCCAUUCGGCUGGGGGUCGGAUGGAGACUCCAGUGGCACGGAAGGCGGUUCCGACGAGCGUGUUCGGAUGAGUGAUUAGGGAAGUGGGG